GGAAAAUGUGCUGUAGGACGAAGCACCAGAGUCAGGGGGAGCAUCUACAUCUAUAAGGGACCCGGCGAGAGAGCUGCAAGAUGGCAAACCCAGAGGUUGUGACUCCAGACUCCUACCAUGAUAAAAGCAGCCGCUUUUAUGUGGUGACCUGGAUCAACAACCUGCUGAAGACCAACUUCAAAGAUGUGCGGCAGAUGGGUUCAGGGGCAUGUCACUGUCAGAUCAUGGACUGGGUUAUUCCUGGCUCUGUUGACAUGACCAAGGUGAAGUUUGAUGCACAAGGUGAGGACGACUUUAAGCACAACUUCAGUCUCCUCAGUGAGGCCUUCAGCAAGAGCGGCAUCACAAAGACGAUUCCAGUCGAUGAGAUAAUAAAAGGGGAUUCUAAAAGCAACUUUGAGAUCCUGAAGUGGUUCAAAGCUUUCUACAACGCAAAUGGAAAAAGUGAAGAAUACGACCCUGUGAAAGCUCGGGACAGCCAGGAAAUCAGCCCUACUUUUGUGCUUCCCAAAUCAUGGGAACCUAAACUGGUAUCAGACAUGGAGACAGAUAAGGUGGUCAGCACUGCACCUGCUAGAGAAUUCCCUUUCUCUGAAAAGUGGAAGGACAUUUUUGAUUGGGUUGACCAGAGUCCUCUUGGAGAGCAAUAUACCUUCUGCCGCCCUUGCGAUAGAAACCUGAAGACAUUUCAGAAAGGCCUUUUUGAACUCAGGCGACAUGUGGAAACCAACAAACACAAGAAAAGGGCACAAAUUUCCAACGGUGUUUGCCCGGAGAGCAAACCCUCUGUUAACGGUGACCAUGUGACUAGACGUUAUGCACGCUGUAAACGCUCAUUGCAAUACUCCAAAGACAUCAAAUCUGUUUGCCAGCACACUCCUUACUGCGUGUACAUUUAUGGAGGGAAAACCCUCGGAAAGGAUGAUACUGCCUCUGUGGUCCUUGUCGGGUAUUUUGAUGUCGAAGCCUCCAGGCACUGUAUCCGAUUUCUGGAUGCUCUUCAGUCAGUGGAUGGUGCAGGGGAUCAAACAGCACCAGCAGUGGCAGAAACCUUAAAGAAAUUCGGGUUACACACAGAUAAUCUUGCCACCGUUUAUUCUGACGAUAAUGUUGCAGCCUCAGAGCAGAUCUGCUCGCAGCUCAGGGAACUCAACCCGAACAUAGUCGCCUUAGGAGGGCUGUACGCCAUCGCAGAUGCAGCUUGUCAUGCUGGGGUUAAGGAGCUCUCAAGUCAGGCUCAAGAGUUGAUGGUAGAUAUCCAUGCCUACUACUCCUCCUGCUCCACCAAGAAUGACAACCUCAAGGCUCUUUUUGGCUCAGACACUGUGGACAGUUCAUCAUUUCAUCUCAACACCAGCUGCCUUAAGCUCUGCCCAUUAGUCACAAAUAUUUUGGAAAAAUGGAGAGAUCUCGUAACGUAUUUUAAGUCUUGUGACAAAGACGACGACAAAGCCAAGUUAAUCUGCUCCAAGCUGCUGGAUCCCAAAGUCAGGGCAACAUAUAUGUUCCUUGAACAAGCCUUAAAGCCUCUGCACAGUUUCCAAAAUCACCUGCAGACGAAGGAGGGAGCUGCCCGAGCUGAUAUGCUGCUCAUCCUGGAAGAAGCCAGUAGCCUGUUGAGCACUUAUACCUCCUACUUCCUUCAGCCUGAAGCUGCUGUUCGCUUCCUGAAAGAAAGAGAUGCAGAAAUCCUGAAGGACAAGAAUUUCCACCUGUCCAGUCCUGAACUCAGUCUGGGUGGAAAAGCUGUGGAAGACUUCCUGAGCGAGUCUGAGGCGGCAGAGGCUCUGCCGCUGUUUAAAGAGGAGGUGUUGUCUUUCUACGCCGCACUCACAGGUUGCAUUGCAGAGAAGCUGCCUCUAAGUGAUGAGGUGCUAAGGAGCAUAGCUCAGCUGUUGAGCCCUCAGAGCAGAGUGAAGGUGACCAGGGAAGUGGUCGGGGAGCUUGGGACCAAGCUGAAAAUCUGCAGCUCCCCUGAGGAGGUCAGCCAGCUCACAAGUGAAUUCCUUGAGUAUCAGAAGGCUGAGGAGGAAGACAAGGAAAACUCAGCCAAGAUUUCACUUGAGAAACACUGGGCCGGUGUAUUGAAGGACACCAAGCCAAACUCAAUCUUCAGAAAGCUUGUUCUGACCCUGUUGUCGCUCCCCUGUCGUCCGCUCGACGCUCAGCAGGUUUGUAAGGCUCUGGAGAGUGAAGACGAUGCACUGUUCUCUGAGAAUGAGGCCUUUACAGAGAGCGAGUUGGACAUCACAUCCGACAGUGUUCUCUCUGACAACCCCAGCAGCACCCCAGUCCACUUUGAUGAACGGUUGAACGGCUUCAAUGUGAAGCCAUGUGAAGUCCGUCUCACAAAGAUCAGUGAACACGCUGUGGAGAAUGGCAUCCCGUGGAAUGAGAUUAGGGGAGGUUAUGGCUGGGAGAGCAGCUUGCGCCAGAAGCCACAAGCCCGUACAGUGUUUCAGGCUGGUGCUAGCACCUGGUCCAGCCCUGUAGGUGAUGUUAAGAGACGGGAGUCCCCAGAUGAGGUGGCAGAAGAGACAUCACCAUCGAGUAAACUCACGCCAAGAGGACGACGGAAACAGGCCUACCAGGAUGGGAAAGGGUAUCCAACAGGAGAGCUUGUGUGGGGGAAAUUAAAGGGUUUCUCCUGGUGGCCUGGGAUGGUGAUGCCUUGGAAAACCAAGUCAGCUCCCCCGGCAAUGCGGAGGGUGGAGUGGUUCGGAGACGGGAUGUUCUCAGAGAUCCAUACGGAGGGUCUAAUGCCGUUUCGUGCCUUCACUAAGUGCUUCUGCAAAAAUUCCUUUGCCAGCUUGUCUGUCUACAAACAAGCCAUCUACCAAAUCAUCGAGUUGGCAGGUGAGCGAUGUGGGAAGUCUUUUGCUGAGGCAGAAGGAAAUAAAGAAAAAGAGCUGAAGCUGAUGAUGGAAUGGGCUUCUGAAGGAUUUCUGCCAACAGGACCUGAAGGAUUCGCACCUCCUGGUCUUCAAGAGUCUAGUGUGCAUCAAGAUUCUGACUCUGCCGUAUCUGACUACCACCCUCCAGCGAAAAGGAAAUAUGUUUUUAAAAACAAGGCAGUUGCAUCUGCCGUCACCUACAACAGAGAAAUAAUGAGAGAAAAGAUCAAAGGGAAAGGCAAAACUAUUGAAGAUUAUUGUUUGUCUUGUGGAUCGACUGAGAUUGAAGUGCAGCACCCGUUGUUUGAAGGUGGUCUUUGUCUGAAAUGCAAGGAGAACUUCACAGAGACCCUGUAUCGCUACGACGAAGACGGCUACCAGUCAUAUUGCACCAUAUGCUGCGCCGGCUUAGAGGUCAUUUUGUGUGGAAACUCCAGCUGCUGCAGAUGUUUCUGUAAGGACUGUCUGGAAAUCCUGGUGGGAACGGGAACCUUUGACAAGCUGAAAGAUGUUGAUCCCUGGAGCUGCUACAUGUGCCAGCCGUCACUGUGUAAGGGAAACCUCAAACUCAGACCAGACUGGAGCGUCAAGGUUCAGGACUUCUUUGCCAACAACAGCGCCAUGGAGUUUGAGCCUCACAGAGUUUACCCCUCCAUUCCUGCUGACCAGCGCAGACCAAUCAGGGUGCUUUCGCUUUUUGAUGGCAUUGCAACAGGAUACCUGGUACUCAAAGACCUGGGCUUCAAGAUUGAGCGCUACAUUGCCUCAGAGAUUUGUGACGAUUCGAUUGCUGUGGGGAUGGUCAAGCACGCGGGAAAGAUUGAAUAUGUCAACGAUGUUCGUACCAUCACAAGGAAACAUUUGGCUGAGUGGGGUCCAAUUGAUCUUCUGAUUGGAGGCAGUCCCUGUAACGACCUGUCAAUGGUCAACCCUCUUCGAAAGGGAUUAUUUGAGGGCACUGGAAGGCUCUUUUUUGAGUUCUACCGCCUUCUGACCCUGUUGAAGCCGAAGGAGGAUGAUGACCGUCCAUUCUUCUGGUUGUUUGAGAAUGUGGUUUUCAUGAGUGCUCACGACAAGUCAGAUAUCUGCAGAUUCCUUGAGUGUAAUCCGAUUCUCAUCGACGCAGUGAAAGUCAGUCCUGCUCACAGAGCGCGCUACUUUUGGGGGAACGUUCCUGGCAUGAACAGACCUCUCGCCUCGUCUCUGGAUGAUAAAGUGGGUCUUCAGGACUGUUUGGAACUUGGACGUGUGGCAAAGUUUGAAAAAGUCCGCACCAUCACAACAAAGAGCAACUCGAUAAGACAGGGGAAGUCUGGGCCACUUCCUGUCACCAUGAACGGCAAGGAGGACUACCUGUGGUGCACCGAAAUGGAACAGAUCUUUGGCUUCCCCAAACACUACACAGAUGUGAACAACAUGGGCCGGAAUCAGAGGCAGAAAGUCCUGGGUCGCUCCUGGAGCGUCCCUGUUAUCCGUCACCUCUUCGCUCCGCUGAAGGAUUAUUUUGAAUGUGAAAAACUGUGAACUGAGCAGCAGCGGUAAACCUACUGCCUCAUCCCACCCUGCAUUCCUAGGUAGUUCAAACUCUCUUGUCUUUUUUCAAAGACUUAAUUAACUACUUUGACUUUUAGAAGUGUUUACUCAUGAGCUAUUUUAAUCCUGUGAGUCGUCAGUCAUCUCUGAUCCACUAUCAC